AUGAACAAGUCACUCUUCACGAUGUUCGCUCUAUCGCUGCUGCUCGCCCUAGCUGUCUCCUCUGCUUCGGACGGAGGGUCCUGCACCACAUACGAUGAGGAUCUAGAAGUAGCGAAACUCCUCGACGACACGUGCGAAUGGGACACCUACAUGUGCUGCUUUACCAACCACGACUCAGGAGAGGGGGUGACCGCGAACACCGAUGUUUGCAGCGUACCGAACGAGGGUUCCGUGUACUGCCACGGCUUCGCCUGGCCGGAUGGCGCAGAUGUGAACAACCACAUCCUUCCCCUGUACCACUAUGUGAAGAACAUUGGCCGCACCGAAGAAGAGGGGGGUUACUACGGAAGCGUGGAGGGAGCGCCGGAAUGCGGGUGUAUCGAGGAAAUGCCUCAAGUUUCUUUCGCGGAGUGCUCCAGGUUCGAUAUCGACGGGAUCGUUGGGUGCGGAGAAGGCGGGCUUUACAGCCAAUACAACGGCCGCCUGGGCGCGCCCUACGGUGAGAUGGAACACAACCUGGUGAGGUCUUGCGACAAUGCCUAACUGCACGACAAGGCAGAGGGCCGGGAGGGCAAGUUCAAGGCGUGCACGAACAACAACCUCCGUUACCGCUACGAGGAGUGUACCCUGUGGGGAAGCUCGACAACCUCGGCGGCGGUGACUGCGACAACGCCUAGUCGAACCCGGUCCAUGGGAGGAGACUGGGAUUGUUUUGUUGUUGCGACUGGGAAUACUAGGAGUAGGCAGGAUUGAGGACUAGGGUCUCUCAUAGAUGCGAGCAUCGGGACUUUGAUGAGCAUGCUGGUACCGUUAGAGAAUUGGGUCUUCCUGGUUGUGCAUGUGGAGUGGCGCGAGUCCAUUGGAAGUCUACACAGCGAAAAAUAUUUCCACGAUAUGGUGCAGAUACAUGGAAUACCGUGGUCUCCGGUGGAGUUUUCUGGACAUCCAUGGCCUUCUUGCUAUUUGCAGUUGGGUGAAAUCGCGUGGGUCGCGACCGCAUCUUAACGGGUGCCCAUGGUACGAGACUGAGUCGAAAUUGGUCUCUUUGCACGGCGGUAGGAUGUGGUCGACGGAUUUCGUUUCCGCAGUAUUUUACCGAGGCUAUGGUAACAAAUGUAAAUUAUAGGCCCUAAAUCAUAUCCUUGUUCGGGAGCAAUUAGUUCUUGCGCUCGUUGCUCUCUGAUCGUGUUCGAUUUGUUCGUUGGUGUUUUCACUUUUGAACGAUUUUGUGGUGCGUGUUUUUUCUUGUAUGGUGGUCGGGAACUGCUGUCGUCAGUUUUGGGGUAACAUAAGAAGCUAUUUGUAGCAUCCGCUUUGCACAAUUCCAAUGCGUACAGGAUCGCAACAUUUCGUUCUGUAUGCAGACCAGAGGUGUGGGACUUACGAAGACCAAAUGUCUAUAGGACGUUUUCUGGAUUUACAAGGCCGUGCAAUCAUUUGGAUGAGCUUGCACGUUCGAUAUUCCUGUGAUGUCAGGUGCUUUCUGUCGAUAUACAUUUGUUGAGCGUUGCCGGUUAUGACGGGUUGGCACGAUAGUCUUCCUUGAAAAAUAAG